AUGGCAUCCUGGGGCCUUCUCGACGACAAGGAGGAAACCGAGCUGCACAAGUCCCGGCUUCUCAACGUGGAAGAGAAACCAUUCAAACGUAUCACCAAGCGCCUCAACACCCUCCACUCCCUUACAAUCGCACGAGCUCGACAAGCGCCGACCCCACCCCCGGAAACAAACGGCACUCCCAGUCAGCAAUCACUCCAAGCCACCCCCAGCCAACAACAACAACAACAACAACGCGAUGGCACCCCAGCCCCAAGCGCCGACAGCGCGUCGACCGACCUCGCGCAGCUCAAGGAGGACGUGACGAUUGACUUCGCGGCCUUUGACAGCAGCAUCGCGCGGCUGCAGUUCCUACUGACGGCCAACGAGCGCGAGCGCGAGCGGUACGCGGCGGAGCGGGAGCGCAUCGUGGCGGCGUCGCAGUCGGUCCGGGACAACACGGCCCAGCUGCGGGUGCAGCUGGAGCAGGCGCGCGAGACGCUGGCGCAGCGGCGCGAGUUCGACGCGCUCGCUGACGCCAUCACCAGCAACGCGUCCCUGCGCCCGCGCGCCGAGCAGACCGCCAACCUGCGCAAGCUGCGCGACGAGAUUGCGGAGCUCGAGGCCGAGAGGGAGGCCUAUGGUGUUACCUGGCACGAGCGUAGGGAGCAGUUUGCCAGGAUCAUGGACGAGAGCAUGCGGCUGAGGAGGCUGAUUCGCGACGAGAAGGAGGAGGUCGAGAGGAGGGAGGGGAUGGAUGACGACGAGGCGGGGGGUACACCGCGGCCCUCGGGGAUGGGGAGUCGGGAGGGAUCGCCCAGACCCGAGGGCGGGUUGGCCCCGAAGAGUGGCGCUGAGAGUGAUGCUGUGGGUACACCCCGACCAGUGUCUGCUGGCGGCCGGACGCCGGCGAGAGAUAGCCCUGCGCCGGGUCUGGACAGUCAAUCGUUUCUGGCCAAGCGAGCGACAGCCACGGACGCGAGCUUUUCACAAGUUGGCAGUCAGAUGGGUAGCCGGAUGGGCAGUCGUGAGGGUUCUGUCGAGAGGGAAACCCAGGGCGAAGCCGAGGGGGGAGAGGAUGUUGAGAUGGGCGAGCCGGAGGAUGCGAAAGAUGCUGGAUCAGAACCUGAUAGUCCCCUGACUCCGCCUCCUGCCGAUGACACGCCGCAGAUCGUAGUCAACGGGGAGGGAGAGAGUAUGGACACAACGUAG